AUAUUCAUCUGUUAACUUUUCUUUCUUUUUUUUGUGUAUAUAUUUGCCAGUGGGAAUUUGCAGCUUUAUGUCCUCAGAUUGUUUUCUUUAAUCAGAGGGGUUAAGAUGCUGGAAUAUGUAAGAGUUUCUUUUUGAAAAGUUUUAUGGUGAUGAAAGAAUAUGUUAGAAAAGUCAUAAUGUUUUAUUUUACUACAUGGAUAACUUCAAAUAUUUUUAUACUGCUCAUGUAGUAAAGGAAUCACUGUCUUAUCAAUUUUCACUGUGUGUUUUCUGAUCCAUUGGUCAGAAAAUUGUAUUCAUAUUAGUUUGGUGAAUGAAACAAACUUCAACUUGUAACAUAAUUAAUUGUGUAACAGACACCACUAAUGACUGACUAAUCCCAACCAUCUCAUUGGCUAUUGAUACUUAGAGAGAGAGAGAGAGAGAGAGAGAGACUUGGCUGGUGGUAGAGCAGUUCUUAAAACAAUGUCUUGCUUGUGACAUUACUGGCACUGUGAAUUGUUUCCUUUGGGAAAAGAUCCUGGCAUGCAGGACUACAAGAAAUGCUAUUUAAAGUUUAUUGAACAUUUUUUGUCAUAGACCUCAUCACAGGUGUCACCGGGUAAUGAGCUUACUGCUGCUCUCCAGCUCAAGCAUGAAGGACCGUGACUCUCUGACCCUCCUGCACUACACAAACUCUGGCAAAACUGGCCCACAGUACCCCCCUCCCAAUCUACACUCUUCCUCCCCAGGCCUCACCAAGUCCCAGCCCUUCUGUCUGCAGUCCAGCCAGCACCUCAUAGCCUCUAUGCAGCUGCAGAAACUCAACAGUCACUAUCAGAGCCUGACUGCCUCUACUACAGUCUCUUCUGGACCCAACAGAGGAUUCGGCACUGCUUCAAUGAGUCCAGCACAAAUCCCUGGCCCUGGGAUGGCUCAAGGGUCUGGCAUCAUAGAUUCUGAUCCAGUGGAUGAGGACGUCCUGAUGUCUCUGGUAGUGGAACUCGGUUUGGACAGGGCUAAUGAACUUCCUGAGCUGUGGCUGGGCCAGAAUGAGUUUGACUUCAUAUCAGAUGUGCCUGCUGGGUGCUGACCCCCUAAAAGAAAGUCCCCAAUCACUUUUUGGCUGCCUCCUUUUUGCACCUGAGACACUGUUGGAUAGCUCAUGAAAAUGUGAGAAUUUUUUUUUUGAAGACUCUCUUCAUGUGUAAAGACUUCAAGUUCAAGCUGCAGAGGUAUAGGUGACCGUGUACUCUCACAAUCAAAAGACUACUCGGACGACUCCAGCAGAGAGCCUCUCUUGAAACUAAAACUUGGUCAUUCUCGCUAUUCACACUGAGGUCUUGCUUGUUAUAAUCCUUUCCAAGCUCUGGUUUCAAAGUGGUGCAAGAAUUUCUCACAAGUCACCAGACAUGGAGUUAAGUCAAGUUUCACACAUGGACUAGACCCCCAACACAAGCGCUACCAGGUGUUUUUUUUUUUAACAUCUCCUACAGAAGCUGGCUGAUUGUUUGUAUCAUAGUUGCAUGGAUAUGUGACUUUUCCUUUUUUUUAACUUCAGUGGUCAUCUUCACCACCUGAAGUCGAAAUUACAAUAAAAGUUGUGAAUCCACAAUACAUUUCUUCUGAAAGACAAGAUAUUCGUGUGGUCUCUAGUGGAUAGGCUUCAUCCAUUGCCACCUGCCAUCUGUGAGUUCUGUCCAUACGAGCAGCCGGGUGGUGUAUCUGUUCAGUAAUGGAAGGUGAUCCUGAAACCAGCAUGGGCUAAUCUUUUCCAAAAUGCAUGUCAUCGCAAGACUCCUUUCCACUGGGGUAACCCGAUCUAUCAGACAGUUUUCCAUGGUUAAAUAUAUUAAUGAUGGACGUGUCCAUUUCUUCCACUGGUAGCCUCACUUUAAGUCUAGAAAGAUUGUGAACAGCAGCAGAAACUCGACAGAUUAUUCCACGCAAACUAAAUAGUUUAGAAUAUGAACCCUAUUACGAAAGCACUAUAUCUGUACAUGUUUAAUCAAGUGUCUGUUUUUGUCUUGUAUAAGAAUAGAAAAAUGUUAGGAACGAUCUAAAAGACUCUACUGUCAUGUCGUUGUUGUUUAGCAUUGACUAAUGUUGAUAAAAUAAUGUGUUGAACCUGUGUUGAUAAAAUAAUGGAGUAAUUUCUUUAUUUCGGUUUAACAGUCCUGAAUGAAUCAUAAGUGGUGAUUGUGUAUUUUUUUUUUUUUUUUGUUUAGCACUUUCCCUUCAUCUUGUGUAUUUUUCUACAAAAGAUGUGAUUACUGAUAUAUUUAAAUACGUGUACUCUGCUAUUUUGUUUUUCAAAAUAUAAGUAAAUAAAAAGUACAGAAUUCAAACCUUUA